UUCUCCGCUCCUCUCUACUCAGGCUGGAGACGCACCAGUCCCACUGCGAACGGAACUAAUUCACAUAAAACAAGUCGAGAAACAAAAAGAAAGAAAGAAAGAAACGAAGGGGGAUAUUUAGAACCAGAAGAAGUGGAAGGAAUACAACUUGUUGAUUAUCAUAUUUUAUCCACCCAAAAAAAAUAAAAAAUAACUGGAAGUUUUGACAUCAUGAGGAUUUUCAGUGCUGUGCUCGUCCUGCUGAUUCAAGCCUUGGUGGUGUCCAGAAUGACCAGUGGUGCUGCGGUUGACAGGUAUGAGAGCGACAGGCAGCAACACACGGCUGUUAUCAACUUUUUGGACACAACCAGAGGCAAGAGGGUGGUGGAGGAGGAGAGCAGGAGCGUGGGUGCAACAACAGUGGAGUACGGUCAGGAAGGCGAGGAGGAGGAAUACAACGAUGAAUAUUAUUAUGAAGACGAGUAUGAAGAUGGCAUGUCUGGAGACUAUGAAGUGGAAAUGCCACAAGUUGCCAUGUCAAGCAAACCCAAAAACCCAUCUGCCAUCCUGGAGGCUGAAAGCACAGAUGGAAAGCGAAGUAGAGGAAAGGGGAAAAAGAAGGGGAAAGGCAAGGGACUGAAGAGGAAUCCUUGCCUGAGGAAGUAUAAGGAUUUCUGCAUCCACGGCACUUGCCACUACCUGAGGGACAUCCGCUCCCCAUCCUGUGUGUGCCACCCGAGUUAUUCUGGGGAAAGGUGUGAGUUCUUCACGCUGCCAGUGGAGAAGCGUCCGGAGGGCUACAACCGGACCACAGCUCUGGCGGUGGUGGCGGUGGUGCUGUCGUCCGUCUGCCUCGUCAUCAUAGGCCUUUUAUUAUUGCUGAGGUUUCACAAGCGGGGAGCAUAUGAGGUAGAGAAUGAAGAGAAGGUCAAACUAGGGCUAGCGUCCACCCACUGAAGAGACAAAGAGAGGCAAAGAUGUGGAAAUUCUACCUCAAAAUAGAAAAAGAGAAGUGAAGCGCGAGAGGAGGUCCUAGAAGGAAAAAGGGUCGUACAUGAAGACGGGAACAGAGGUUGUUGUCUGCCUGGACGUUCAGAUGUAAAAACAAAAUGGGCAGCUGAACAUAUUCCUGAAGGCCUCAGAAAGAUGACGGCCCCCCUGAAACUGGAAUACUAACGGCCCAGAGGAUGGAUUGGAGAUGUGGCGAGUGAAAGGUGAUGAGCACGAAGGAGCGAGAAGAAGAAGAAGGAGCAUUUGUCUAGACUCUGUGCUGCUUCUUGACUAUGUGACAAGAGGUCGCUUCAGACUGAACUGAACAAGAUUUUUAACAACAAGAGCUCAACCUGGAUUUUUUUUUCUCAACAGACAGCAUUUGUUUUGUAUUUUCCUGCACAAGUCCAUGUUUUUUUGUGUACAGUAAACAGUAUAUUUAUGAUUUUAAUUUAUUUAUUUAAGCUAACUGUAUUUAUAGAGAUUUUAACCGCCUCCAACAGUUUUUAAAAUAAUGAUGUUACAUUUGUUUUUAUAUUUCUUAUUGGACGAUAUGAUAUUUAUUUAUGAAACAGAAAAGGAAACAAUGCAGAAGCUCCUUGAGAUAUUAAGUAUUUCAUGAAACGAGACAUGAUGCAUAAAUAUCUGAUUUUUCUGGCUUUAACUUUGGCACUCAGUAGAUGAUCAAUGGCACUGUGAUAAAUAAAUUGAUCAUUGAAAAGACAAGAUCGCUUCUUAAUUAUUCAGUGUUUCACUGAGAGCAAUGAUUUUCAGGAACACCCAGCUCACACUCAUGCAUUCACACACGUUCACACCUUGAAGCUGCCCAGUACAACCAGUUGGAUCUGUUAGCCACUAAGUAGCACCAUCGUAGACGUUGGGGUUUCAGGGCGUUGCUCAAAGUCACAUCCCCGGUAGUGAUGAGGUAUGAGGCAAGCACUGCUCUUUCACUUCCUGCGACCAAAUUGAUCCUGCAGGUCUGAGGAUCUUUAGGCUACAUUAGGCUUAGUGUUCUGCCUCAGUGUUCCAGUGUUCAGUGUCUAUCAUUACGAUACAUCAUCCCACUGGCUAUAUGCUGAUUAAAGGCAAUGGACAAACUGUGCACUCUGCGUCUGUAUUGUUAAGAAACCUUUAAAAGGGAGUAAAUAUUAAAUGCACUGUGUCAAGAAUUUGGAAUGAAUAUGUUGUAACGUCAUGUUGUCUUACCAUCUUUCAAAUCCUGUCCUGCAGUUUUGAAGUGAUUUUUAUGUAUGUGAUUUUUUUUUCUGAGCAAAAUAAUAAUAAAAAGGUUCUCAGAA